AAUCCGGAUCAGUUAUUGUUGAAGACAAACACACACACACACAUAGACAAUGUCUGCUAAUUAUAUUUGUCCACAAAAUUGUAAUAACUUUCAGCAUUGCUGUCGGAUAUCAACCAAACAUAUCGAUGCUGCCAACAGUGUUAAUGAUGAUAAUGAUAUUCAAUACAAAUUUUGCCAACACAUUAGUAUAGUAAAUGUGUCCAAUAUAUUGGGUGCAAUCGUCAAAAAUUAUGUCUAUCCCGAAACAAAUAUUUGCCUAUAUUUAGGCGAAAAUACUACUACUACUAAUAAUAAUACCAUUAAAAAAUACCAUUAUUUACAUGACCAGUUUAUUUACAUUUAUCAUAAUAGGAAAUAUGAGAUCCUAGUUAAAUCAAUUCAAGUAAAACUAUCCAUCCAUCCAUCCAUACAACCCAUUCAAGGAUCCGGUCUAAACAGUUAUAAGGAUUAUUGUAUAUUACCUGAAACUACCGAAACAAUUGGCAAAUUAAAACAACAGUUGGCCACUAAAUACGGUUUACAGUUGACUAAUUUGAUAAUGUUUUUGUCUGAUUUGACAAAUAAUAACUUUAAACGUCAAUUAACCGAUGAUAUGCCCAUUGUUUUUGCCUGGCUAUACCCAAAUAUUACCGAUAGUUGUAUUAAUAUCCUACCACAGCGGUACUCUAGUUGUACCGAUUGUUAUGAUAGUUGCCAUCAGUAUUACUGUCGGAUUGACAUCAAACAGAUCGACCCCAACAACAACAACAGUAGCGGUGGUGAUGAAGAUAUUAAAUACCUGUUUUGUCGACACACCGUACGGGUCGCUGUUGAGGAUAUAUUCAAAGCAAGUGUCGAUGGAUAUAGCGAUACAGAUAUUAGUUUAGAAAUACUAAGCAUUAACAACAACACUGAUAACACCAUCGAUGAUGAUAAUGAUAAUAAUGAUACCAAUUGGUGGUUAACUAAAGACAAGUCAAUUGAUUUUACCGAUUAUACCGUCGAACAGAAACAGUCGGGUAGUAUCGGGUUUGCUGUCCGUGCGGUUCGGGUUCGGAUAAAUGUGUCGUUGGCUGCACUCAAACAACAAUCACAGGGAUCGACAGCUAAUCAAACAUAUGAUAUAUUGCCGAUACAGACACCAACUAUCGGUCAAUUGAAACACAAGUUGGCCCUGAAGUACAUGUUUGCCACUGAAACCCAUACAUUAUAUUUGACUGAUUUGUCGGAUACCAAUGCACCGCAAUUGGGACGUCAACUCAACGAUUAUCAGUCCAUUGCUAAUGCCUGGCUAUACGGCACUUAUAGCCGUAGUGUUAUUACAGUCAUACCCAACAAAGGUGUUAAACAUUUGACCGAAGUUAUCAACCGAUCAAAUGAUCUAAUCCUCGAAAAGAUAACAUCACUUUUGACGGCUAAUAGUGGCCAAAGUUUUCGCAAUCAAACCGCCGAUGCCAUCACUGAUGCUGUCAUUAACGCCAACAAGUAUUUUAUAUCUAAUUUUUAG